CUCCCCCUAUAACAGCUACAUUGGGACACGAGCAAACCCCACUCCUCCGGUCCCUCCCCCUAUAACAGCUACAUGGGGACACGAGCAAACCCCACUCCUCCGGUCCCUCCCCCUAUAACAGCUACAUGGGGACACGAGCAAACCCCACUCCUCCGGUCCCUCCCCCUAUAACAGCUACAUGGGGACACGAGCAAACCCCACUCCUCCGGUCCCUCCCCCUAUAACAGCUACAUGGGGACACGAGCAAACCCCACUCCUCCGGUCCCUCCCCCUUUAAUGCAGUUCUGCAAGUUUUCCCGACGUUUGCAAAAGCCACAAGUUACUCUCAAAUGGUCGUUUCACUCGGAUUUCAGAGAAAACCCUUUUCAUAGUUGGUAUGGUAAAGUGGGAAAUCGUUAUUGAUUGAGUCAACAAUAAAAGUUGUAAAAAUCAUUCUCUUUGCAGAUUGAUAGUAACGAGAAGUCAAGGGCUAUCUACAAGCUACUUAAUGACGCUAUGGACAAGACAGAAGAUGACAACAAUGACAAUUCUUGCAUCCUAAAAUCAAAAAUCAUUAUCAAGGUUUUGCCAAUCUGCCUUCACCUCUACGUCGGCUUCUUCGCUUUCUUCUUUUCCGGCUUCUCUGUGCCCACUACGCUAGCUUUCCCUAACGCGCCCUUUAAGCCUUUAAGCCACUUCAAGUUCUACACCCUCGCGUUUGGCGUGUCGCGGUUUCUGGGCGGGUCUGAGCUUCUGUUUAUUUCUCGUCUCUGUCCCAGGAUUCUACCCUAUGCCAGGAUCCACCGCCUCUGGGUGCUUUCCUUACUUGAUAUAGCGCAUGCAGUCUUCUUUAUCUUCGCCACGUGGUAUCGGUUCAUCCCUAAUGUGUGGAUCGUGCUUGCCCUGUGCGCUACUCAUGGCUUUAUCAGCGGCUCUGUCAUGGUCAAUGGAGCAUUAGAAGCCGCUGAACAAUUCGAGGACCCUGUCAAAUAUAUUACGGCAAGUGUUGUGGGCUUGUUUGUUGAGCCCGCGCUCAAAGCGCAUUGUCAGCAGGAUUUGAUGCUUGGACAGUUUUGCUUUACCAGAACGAACUACACUACAGGAUGGAGUCACCCGAAAUGUUAGAGCUACACACCACGGGGCUCAGUCAACCAAAAUGCUUUAUAUUAUAGGGAUAUCUACAUCUCAAAGUUGAGCUGUCCUAAAGCAAGGCUAGAGCCACCGUGAAGACGGCGUAAAUAUUAAAGAUUAUGGCAAAAUUAUAAGACACUCUUGUGUGUGAAAACUAUUUUUCAUUAGUGUCAAAUCUUCUGAAAUAUCAAGGAAAGAACAUUGCUUUUUUUAUUGGGUUUUGGUUGUAAGACAUAUUUCGGUAUAUUGUAAAACGAUUGGGUUGAAUAGAAUAGAACUGUUAAAAAACGUUGUAUCCUCAAUCUUUUAGAGCUAGACGCCAGCAAAGAAAAUUUUCCUAAA